UUUUAAACAACUCAAAGAAAUGAGACCGUUCUGAAAUAUGCCAGUCCAAAAUUACUGUAGAAGUCGUACGGGUAUGCUCGGCUCGCUACGCCCCGGCAGGCCAGCUGCGAUCUCCGCUGUUUGCACUUUGCCACAGCCGGACAGAGCAAGUCUCUCUGCUCUGCUUUGAUUUCUGCCUUCUGGAUUUCCUGAUGCACCGAAAGCAGCGGGGUGCUCAGGACUUUACUUCCGUAUUUUUGCUGGUCCUGGCUGUCGGUUAUUUGCCCGUCCCGGUCCAUCCAAAAUUGCACUGUGCAGGUACGGCUCUUUGGAGACUGAACAGCACUCAACAAGUCAGUAGGUACCCAGCAGCGGAGGACCUGUGCACCGUCCACUUGCCAGUCUGACCCAGCUGUGCUCUAGAAGUGGCAGACAUUCCGUUUGUGGUCCUACUUCCUCCCAUCAACUGUUUCUCUCGUUGGCAGCCUGCCUGGACCCAGACUGCACACGGAAAUCUACAAUGGCGCACAGCAGCCCCAUAACUAGCGGGGAUCUUGAUGGACUCAGUAUGCAGCGUUCCGCUGAGCAAGGUGCAUCCGCGAGCCGAGAUCAGGAACUAUUCAAAGCGCUGGACGAGGCGUACGCACGGAUGAAGGCCACGGUGGAAGAGGACAGGCGAAGCGCACGACGUAAGCAGUGCACUGGAAUGCGUUGAGGGUAUUUUACAGAGGUCUUUGGAAGGGACCAUCAGCACGCUGCAACAGCAAGUGAUGCAGCACGAGCGUGUGAUUGCCGCGCAGCACGACAGCGCAGCCGAGAGUGAGCGGCGCAUCCGGGACCUGGAGGCGCGUGUCGCGGAGUUGACGGCGCGCAAUGCCACAUUGCUGCAGCUCACCGAAUCCUUCCACGGGGCCUUCGCCGCGUACGCCAAAAACCGCGGUGUACUGGACCAGCUGAUGAAUUCCAAAGGAGACGCCGGAAACCCCGUUCCUGUCAACGCAGCAAUUCCGUCUGUUGCCUCGAUUCCUGUUCCAGUUGCGGUGGCUGCUGAAGGAAAUCGUUCUGCGGUUGAAGGGGACGCGGGAUCCGCUCCCGCUGCGCCGCCAUCCGCACCGCAACUCCCGGCAGAAACGACCUCCCGGCACGUGAUACUCGGCACACGGCUGGCAGCUCAUCCGCCGCUGCCAGGGGCGGCGUCCUCCGGCGUCCAGGGUGUGCCAGUGGCCGUGGACACGCCCCCCGCCUCCGGCAUCGGUCCGUUCUCGCAGCGCCCCGCUGCGCCACCGGCCCAUCAAGGUGUUCUCACUCUCUCCGUCCGACCCGCUCUCGUCUACCAUUACAGCGCCUUCCCAGGUACAUCGGAGGCUGCCGGUGCGCCCCCGAAGAUGGUCAGCUUCGCGGCGCCGGAUACCGGCGGCAACCGGAAGCGGGCGCAGUUGCUGCUGGCGGCCAGUACGUGCCCGGUGUGCCGGGUGGAAUACGCCGACGCCGAAGAGCUGCGCCAGCACGCGUGUGCGCAGAAGCGCAUGUAUCAGUGCCGCGCCCGAGCGGAUGGCUGUCGUGAGAUGUUCCGCAGUGCGUCCGGCCGGCGGGGUCAUGAAAAAAGGGUGCACGGCAGUCAGGCGAACGCGGACAGCAGCCGUUGAUCGCUGCUAACGAAGACAACUAUAGAGUACGAGCCGGUUCAUCGUUAAUAGUCAUGAGUUCCUGGUCAAACUCUGUUAGUCGGCAAUAGCCAGUUCGCGUUCUAAAAAGCCAGCGCAGUUAUCUGCUGAACAAAAAUCGAGUUUAUUGGAUAGGUACUAUAAAUCAGCUUCACUGUACUAACUGUUGUUAUAUUUUUCUCGGUUUGCGGAAUGAUGGGCUAGUCUAUGACAAUGUCAGUUAUUUUCCGCGAGUAA